CCUGUGUUAGCCCCUUCAAAGUUUCAGGUUCAACGUUCAUCGCGCACACAUACGAUAUACUAGUGCAUAUCAAGCAUGCGCACGACGUGAGACGAUUGCAAGCAGUGGCCUAGUUGACCGCGUCCGACGGCAAAGUUCGAUAAGCAUGGGUAUACUGUUGCACAGCCACGAUCUUCUGUAAGGAAUUUCUCGAGCUUGAAGGAGCCUUGACAGCUCCGAUCUUCCUUUCAUGCAGCUGUCAGCGGAUGACUGGCUAUGACUCGCCGACGAUAGUAGCCUAUUCGGUCCCUUUUUCACCGGUCUCACAAAAGCUAGAGGCUUUUUAUCUCCUUGAUCAGAGUUACCAUCCUCAACCCAGUCACAUCCUACGAUGCCCAAAGAAAUUGUGUUCACUGCUGACGCCGUCCCUCCCCUCGCUACAUUAUCUCAGGCCAUCAUAUCCAAAGGGUUUGUAUAUGUCUCAGGCAACGUUGGAUGUACAAACGAUUUCCUGAUCGUCGAGGGCGGAAUACAAGCGCAAACAUUUGCUGCACUUGAAAACUUGAGCAAGGUUCUCACGGCUGCGGGAUCGGGACUGCAACACGUCGUGAAAACGAACAUCUAUCUCGCAAAUAUGUCGAGGGAUUAUUCCGAGAUGAAUAAAGUGUACCAGUCCUUCUUCGAUGCCAAUGCGAUGCCCGCGAGGACGUGUGUCGGUGUAGCUUCUCUUCCGCUGGGCGCAAGUGUUGAGAUCGAAUGUGUGGCAGAAGUUCCAGACGCUUGAUAUCCAAAGUAACUGCUUGAAGAUAAUGCAAGAAAGUUGUACAGUAGUGCGCUCUACUUUUUGUGAUCCGUUGCAAGUCGAUUGCAAGUACUAUGUAAACUCUGCGCUUCUAUACUGAAUAUAUAGGCAAUACAUUAACUGCUGGCAAUCAGCAAAAUAACUAAAUAAAGGUCGAAAUCAAUACUUAUAUAAAGAAGAUACAAUUACCAUCAAGAUCGCAGAUCAUCGUCGGGAAUGGACUGCAUAA